AUGCGCUUAAGAAUUGCCACAGAAGUUGCAGAUGCUCUUUCUUACUUGCACUCAGCAGCUUCCAUGGCUAUCUACCAUCGAGACAUCAAGUCUGCAAAUAUACUCUUGGAUAAUAAGUACCGAGCAAAAGUCGCUGAUUUUGGGAUUUCAAAAUGCAUUGAGAUUGACCAAACUCAUGCAACCACAAAAGUAGUUAAAGGGACAAUCGGUUACAUGGACCCAGAGUAUUUUCAGUCAAGGCAAUUCACUAAUAAAAGUGAUGUCUAUAGUUUUGGGGUAGUACUUAUUGAGCUUUUAACUGAACAGAAACCAAUAUCAUCAAAAGGUGGAAGUUUGGUGCAAAAGUUUAUUGAGUUAAUGAAGGAGAAUCAUUUAAAUAUGCAGUUUAGGCACCAGAUGUUGACUCCACCGACUGAAAGAUUUCAGAAAAUUCAAAAGGAAGCUCCUGUGGAUCAGACUGAGAGAGCAAAGUUAGGCUCUAUCUACAGCUCAUUUUCAUCAAUUGGUGGUACCGCCAAUCCUUGUGGGACCGGGAGUCAAACACUACUAGUUGCGGGAACAGACACAACCUCGGUGAUUGCAGAAUGGGCUAUGUCACUUCUCCUCAACCAUCCUCUUGUGCUAAAGAGAGCUAGAGCUGAGCUUGACCAUCAUGUUGGUCAUGGCCGUUUAGCAGAAGAACCUGAUUUGGUCAUGGCCGUUUAG